AUGGCCGAUUGGGUGUCGCCAACGAAACCGAUCAGUGGCCGAACCAACAGCGUUGCAGCUGGAAUUGGAAACCGAUGCAGGCCCGAGCCGCCCCUCGCCCUUUUCCCAAUACAAGACCCCCAGAAGCUGCAUUGGAAAACUGCACACAGCCCGAGGUCGUCCCUCGCACCGAGGACCACAUUUGCCAGUAACGGUCCCCUCUUCGCCGACAUGGAGUUUUCGGGAAAGGAUCUGGAGGACAUCCAGCGGGUAGCCGGCCUGCUGAACCUCACAGUGGAUGAGUUGCUCCAACAGAGCCGAGUGAACAGCAGCAAGAUCACUUCCGCCAGCAGCUCCCCCCAGCCAUCGCCCCGGCGCAGUGCAAACCAGCAGCGGUCACCACUUUUCCAGGAGAGCCAUGUCCUUUCAAGCCAUCACCAACCGUCUUUUGGCCUGGACCUGGACACUUUCGACCUGGCUGACCCCCAUUCCAGCAGCUCUGGAAGCGACCCCUCCGAGCUGGCUCUUCCUCCGCCUGCCAAUACCCAGGACCAAGGCACGAGAGUCGUUCUCCUGAACCCGCACACAACUUCAUAUGACUGCGAUGCCGCCGCCUGGGGAACCAACCAGCCCGCUGGCGACGUCUUCGCAUUCGACGAUACCACGAUGGAUUCCGAUCCCGCCGACGACGGAUCGUACGUUCCGGUGUCGGACGUAAAGCUCGAUUUUGACUCUGUCAGUGAGUACACCGUCCGGGAAGGCCAGGAAUUUAUGCUGGAAGACGCCUCGGCCGAUUGGGCUCUUGUCUCGGCCUCCCCCGAAUCCCCGGAGUUGCAACUGGCCAUGUCGCCUGCCAUCGGGUCAGUCGACAAGCGCUAUCACAGGAUUGCGCCCAAAUUCCCCAGGCACGGCGCCCAGACUCCGUCAGAGAGCUCCUCUCAUCGAGUCAAGAAGAAGCGCAGCCCUUAUGAAGGACGGAAGAGAGUCGACACUCACCUCACUCGCCAACUCCAUGCCUGCGUCAGGUGUAGAAUGCAGAGAAACAGGUGUAUUCCUGACCCCAACAACCCCCGGGGCCCGUGUUUGACCUGCCAGCACAGAACAGUCCGCAUGAGCCGACUGCCUUGCCUGCGAUACAUGGUCACCGACAGCACCCUCUUCCGAACCGGCCUCGACUACAUGCCGUUUUACAGAGCCCAUCCGAUGGUCGGACCUCAGUAUGGCGAUUUCCACCUGGAGCGCCAGUGGACCGAUGCUCCCUCAAAGAUCUUGUGCCUGGGGCAAGUUGGCUCCAUGCAUAUCAAGGUCGAGUUGCGGGAGUUUGUCCCCCCUGCAAACACCAGAGAUGUAGACCUCAAGGGGCGGCCCAUGUAUGCCGUGCCUUGGGCUAUUGCCGACCCGGACGCUGUGGUUGAAGCUUUCACUGAAUAUAUCGACCGAUCUGUUACCCAAUAUAUGGCAGCCUACCUGGACGACACGGACCCCCUUGUCUGGAACAUCUUCCAAGCCGCCUACAGAGCAUCCGUUUUCCCUCUCCCGAACGAGAUGCUCAAAAAAACAUUGAGACUCUGGGUGGCAUGCCGCUUUAUCGAAUCAAAAUGGAGAUGUUGGUCCGAGACUGGCUGGGCCGACAGCGAGCUCCGAGCUAUGAACCCACAGGACCCAUUCUACCAAGGCCUUGACUCGCCCCCGCCAUAUAUCGACUACCAAUUUGCCUCCAUCGUGAUGCAGCGCAUCCUCAAUCCGCUAAGGAAGGACGUCCUCCGCAUUCUCCAGGGCACCUUCAACACACACAACCCUCAGGAAUGGUUCGCCACCUUUUUGACAUGCUUCAUCCUCCUGCAGAACUACGAGAUGCAGAUGCUCUUCCAGAGUCAGUUUGCCAGGAGGAGGGAGGCGCAGAAACUCUUUACGCCAAAGUUCGACUGGACCGCCCCGCGGGUCCGAAGAAUGGCGCGCCUGGAUGCCGAACAAAGCCACUUCAUGUCGCAAUGCCGCGAUGUGGUGGCGAUUAAACUCAACAUGGGCGUGGAAACGGUACUUCUGGGGCAGCAAGGGCAGACUUGGGGGGACCUAACGGUGAAGGCGAACUGCCCUCCUCGUUAUAUCCCCGUCUCGAGCGAAUGGCCGGUCGAAAUGGAGGGGGAUCUCGCAUGGGGGCCGGCAUCUUUUGGUUCGGAGGACGAGUACACGCUGGUUCUGAGCGAGAGCGACGUCUCUGAGGUCAGAUCAGGUCUGCAGCAUUUCAAUGAACUCGGGCUCUACGGAAACGAAGUCUCGCCUAGCACUUUCCCCUUGCCUACUCUCGGGCCGAAACUUCGGCAAAUUUCCGCCGACGUUCACCAGGGGAGGGGCUUUGCCGUGGUUCGAGGGCUGAAGCCUGACGAAUUCUCACCCGAGGACAACGUCCUGGUUUUCCUUGGAAUCUCGUGCUAUGUCGGUGUCCAGCGCGGCCGACAGGAUGAGGAGGGGAAUAUGCUAAUGCACAUCCGUGACGCGAAGCUUUCGAAAACGCCCCAGCAGGACCGACCGACACGGUACUCGUCUCGGGCAUCGACCUUCCACACGGACACAUUCUGCGACAUCCUCGCGCUGCAGACGCGCAACAACGCCUCUGCCGGCGGCCGGAACAUGCUCGCCUCCUCCUGGACCGUGUACAACGAGCUGGCGCGCGCCCACCCGCAGCUGCGCGAGCUGCUGGCCCAGCCCAUCUGGUCCUUCGACAGCCGCGGCAAGUUCCUGCCCUCCAACACCCGCCCUUUGCUCUACCACCACGACGGCCGCGCCCUCCUCAACUUCGCCCGCGAGCCCCUCCUCGGCCUCGACGGCGUGCGCCGCGCCGCCGGCCUGCCCCCGCUCACCGCCGACCAGCGCCGCGCCCUCGACGCUGUUGAGGCUAUCGCCAAGCAAAACCAGAUCGUGCUCGCUGCUGAGCCCGGUGAUGUGCUGUUUGUGAAUAACCAUGCCGUGCUGCACUCGCGCGAGGCGUUUGAGGAUGCGCCCGAGUCGCCGCGCUAUCUGGUGCGCAUGUGGCUAAGGAACCCGGACCUGGCCUGGUCGCUGCCGCGCGGGCUGCAGGCGGGGAAUGCGCGCAUCUAUGGCGAGAAUGAGCUGGGCGAGCAGUGGAAUGUGGUGGACGCGCCGAGGGUCAUGUUUCGGUUGAGUGAGCGGUUGAGCUCUUAG